GGCGGGGGGGCUUGUCCUCAGCAGCUGACACCCCCACAUAAGAGGAGAAGAUGAAGAGCUGCAGCAUCCGAGCUGAAGACGACCAUUGUAGGAGCAGCGGAGUGUCCUGCAUCAUGAGUGUGGACGAAGACGCUCGCUGGCUGGAGUGGGUCACCAAACAAUUUGAGAGCAUUGCAGGAGAUGACAAAGAGAUUAAUCUCUGUGAAUUUAAAACUGCUCUCAAAGUAAAAGAGUCUUUCUUCGCUGAGCGUUUCUUUGCCCUGUUCGACUCGGACGGCAGUGGAUCCAUCAGUCUGGAUGAGCUGCUGAAAGCUCUAGACCUCCUAAUCCACGGCACUGAGACUGACAAGCUCCGCUUCCUGUUCCAGGUGUACGACGUGGACGGGAGUGGCUCCAUUGAUCCAGACGAGCUGAGAACAGUUCUGAAGUCAUGUCUGAGCGAAAGUGCCAUCUCCUUGCCGGAGGAGAAGCUGGACGACCUCACACUAGUUCUUUUUGAGUCGGCUGAUACAGACAACAGCGGCUCCAUCACGUUUGAGGAGCUCAAAGAGGAGCUGGAGAAUUUCCCAGAGGUUAUGGAGAACCUUACCAUCAGUGCUGCCAACUGGCUGAAGCCCCCUGACCUGGACCAAAAUAAGCAUCAGACCCCUCGGUACCUGACCCGAGCCUACUGGCAGAAUAACAGUCGGAAGCUGCUGUUUUUAUUCGGAUACGGCGUCCUCAACCUGCUGCUCUUUGUCGUUGCCAUGCUGCGGCACAGCGACGGCGGUGUCUGGCUCAUGGUGGCCAGAGGCUGUGGCCAGUGUCUGAACUUCAACUGCACCUUUAUUGUGGUGUUGAUGCUGCGCCGUUGUUUAACCUGGCUGAGAGCUACCUGGGUGGUAAGAGUCUUACCUCUGGACCAGAACAUCCUGCUGCAUCAGAUCGUCGGAUACGCCAUCUUUUGCUUCUCGCUGGGGCACGCCAUCGCACACGUUGUCAACUUUGCCAACCUGUCACAGCACAGUGAGUUCCUAUUGUGGGAGUACCUGCUGACAACACGGCCCAUGAUAGGUUGGGUGAAAGGGACAGCAUCGCUGACGGGGGUGGUGCUGCUUCUACUCAUCUGCCUCAUGGUGCUCUGCUCCAGCACCUUCGUGCGACGCAGCGGACACUUUGAGGUGUUCUAUUGGUCUCACCUGUCCUACAUCUGGGUCUUGAUCCUACUCAUAGUCCACUGUGCAAACUUCUGGAAGUGGUUCGUGGUUCCAGGUCUGCUUUUCCUGUUGGAGAAGAUUGUAGGAAUCGCCGUGUCCCGCAUGGGCGGUCUCUACAUUGUUGAGGUCAACCUUCUGCCAUCGAAGGUGACUCACCUGGUCAUCAAACGUCCUCAGUUCUUCCAUUUCAAACCUGGAGAUUACAUCUACAUCAACAUCCCAGUGAUAGCCAAGUAUGAGUGGCACCCGUUCACCAUCAGCAGCGCUCCAGAACAGUCAGACACGCUGUGGCUUCACGUUCGCUCUAUGGGCCAGUGGACCAACCGUCUGUAUGAAUAUUUCAGGCAGACAGAUAGCAUGGAGCUCUGCAGUGGAAGACUGGCCACCAGCUUAAAGAAGCGCAGACAACAAGCCAAGGCAGAGCAGGACCAAUUGUUUGGGUCUGCGAGUGCUGACAGAGCCGUGGCAUCAACUGAGGAUGAAUCGAUCGAGCUGACAAUGUUCCGACAAAACGGCUUUCACUCCGGAGAGACGUCAUCUUUACAGUCAGGGGCUCAGGGCCUCGUGGAACAUGUGAUGGACGAACCAGGUCCAGCAGAGGGAGAAGAGGCUCCUUCACUCAGAGAGGUUUCAGCAAAGUUUGCUGAGAACCACAGAGUCUGCAACAUCAAGUGUUAUGUAGAUGGACCGUAUGGAACGCCAACUCGACAGAUUUUUACUUCUGAGCACGCCGUCCUGAUCGGAGCAGGAAUCGGCAUCACACCUUUCGCCUCAAUCCUGCAGAGCAUCAUGUACCGAUAUCGCCUGAGGAAGCAGAACUGUCCGAGCUGCAACUUCUCCUGGUGUGAAAAUCUCAAAGACAGCGACAUGACGCUCCGCAAAGUUGACUUUAUCUGGAUCAACAGAGACCAGAAAUCCUUCGAGUGGUUUGUUAGUUUGCUGACCAAACUGGAGAUGGACCAGGCUGACGAGGAGCCCGAGGGACGUUUCCUGGAGAUGCACAUGUACAUGACAUCCGCACUCAGCAAGAACGACAUGAAGGCUAUCGGCCUGCAGAUGGCGCUCGACCUGCUGGCCAAGAAAGAGAAGAAAGACUCCAUCACCGGGCUGAGGACCAGAACCCAGCCAGGGCGGCCGGAAUGGGGGAAGGUCUUUCAGAAGCUGUCAAAGGAAAAUAAAGGCAAAGUUCAUGUGUUUUACUGUGGGGCUCCGUCUCUGGCUAAGGCCAUCAAGGCUCAGUGUGAACGCUUUGGCUUCAACUUCUACAAAGAGAACUUCUGAAGAUGUCUCUUUCACAACUGUGGAGUGUGUCUAUGAGUGUGUCUUUGUGAGUGCGGGUCUGUUCGUGCACAAGUCUUACUCACUCCAAUCAUCUUCGGAUCUAUUUUCAAUGCUUUCCCAGUUUUCUUUUACUUAUGAUCAUGCGAUUUUUAGCCAAAAUAAUAAAAAAAAACCUGUGUCAUUUUCCAGGAGAUAGUUUGUGCAGAGCGGCAGGAGUUCAUCAGAAAUUCACUGUUAGCCUGUAGCAGUCCCGCCCCCUUUCCCAUCCCUAAUGCAGAGCGUAGAGGUUGUGGCCCGCCCAAAGUAUCACCUGCGCCACAAAACUCCUUUUCCGAUCGAAUUUUUUCAUCUGCUUCUGAUUCACAAUAAAGAAAUACUCAGAAUGCAAUUUUGAGCUCAAUUUUCUUAACAUAUGUUUUCUAUCAUCAGAAAAAUGAACAUGUCACCAAAACACCAAAUAGAACAUUUUUGUUUGGAGUGGGUGGGUUUUUAGGUCAAACACACAUCUGGUUUAAGUCAACAGGAAUACUAAACUAUACCACUUUAAAAAAAACGACUAAUGAAUUUAAAUAUAUAUAUAUAUAUGUUGUGAAGUUUUGUUUUAGGAUUAUAAACUCACCUCAGCUACAAGCCAACUUUGUGUUUUAAAGGGAAGGGGGAAAGGUGGAUUUCUGGACAUUUAUGAAUGCUCAGAUGUUUUAAGCUUAUUGUUCCUGUCUCCAGCUUGUGUGUAUCUCCAUUUAUCUGUUUCUGCAACAAACAGCCAAAACUGAAACAGUUCCAGAGAAACCCCUGUUUUCUGGAGAAAAGCCUCCAAGCAUCAAAACGUUUUGGGUUGAAAGCAUACAGGCAGGAACAGUUUCUUUUUUUUUUUCAAGAUCAAAAAAAAUGUUUUUUCUGUUUUCUUCUUUUUUUUUUUUUUUUACAUUGUCCUGGCUCAAAAACCUUUUUUUCCCCACCUGAUAUGCUUUGUCUGCUCUGGGUGGUCCACUCCAGAAGACCAAGAAAAGCCCUGGACGAAGCUCCUGGAUGUAGAUUUGUAACCUGCACAGCUGUUGUUUUUUUUUUUUUUUUUGGUGUGUACAUCAUUGAAGUGUACAUCAGAUGGUAGAAGAACAGAGGCUCUUGUUUCUCUCAUAACUGACCUUAUUAUCUGACAUUUUGAACGCUUUUGUUCCAGGUUGUGUGGAAUUUUUAAGUUUAAUCAUGUUUUCAGAAAACCAACAUCAAGAGCAUCUUUACUUUAUCGUGGGACAUUGCUAAAAAAAAAAAAAAGCAGUGAUGUUAACCUGUGCUAGCUGGUGAAUUAUGUAUCUCAGUUAAUGUGUCUUUAUGUGAUGUUUAGUGUAUGACCACUCAUUUAUUUCCACAGUAAUAAAAGCUCUUCUAAAAGUU